UUAUCAUCGUCUAAGUCCUGUUUCUCUCUUUUACACUAUUCAUCAUCCUCACUACUCAUCUUUACGUCUUCAUCACUCUAAAUACGUUCGUCUUCCACCUUCUGUUGAUGGUUUUUCUCCACAAACGAUGCAUUCCUCAUUUUUUUAUUCAACUAUUACUGAUUGGAAUAAUCUUCCAGAGUCAGUUAUUUGUCUUUCUUCUUUUAUGUCUUCCAAAACAGCCUUAUCUCAGUAUCUCUUUCAGUGAAACGCUUGUCAGUUAAGCAUUUAUGCUUGUUCUUUUUUUGUUUUAUUUUACUACUUCUGGUUCUAAUCUUAGUUAUCUUCUUUAUUUUGUUAUUUCUUUUAUUACUAUUUUGGUGUUGUUUGGCUUGAGUCAUUGUUACUACAGGUCGGUGAUCUUUGAUGACUCUCACUUUUCGUGAAUAAACAAUCUUAGUCUUAGUCUUAGUCACAGCUUCGUAAUCUAAUAUAAAUCUAAAAUGUUUUCUCCAGACCCGCCAAAGGCUCCCAGAGGACUAAAACUGCUUCUAAUAAAACUACUUCUAAUACAAGACACUGCACACGCCUCCCUUCGGUCGGCAUUUCAGUGAAUAUUAUUUCAGCCAUCUCUUUGAAUAUUUUCUCUCUCGUGUAAAAAAUAAUUUUUAAGCCGACUGAGUGAACAUAGUGAACUGUCGGCUUAUUGCUAUUCUCCAUCCGCAUGUCCGCAUGUUCUUCUUUCUUUCUUUCUCUACACCUCGAGCGCGUUUUACUGCUCGUCGAUCUUGAUAAUUUCAAGUCAUAGAAAACUGGGAUAAAAAAAAGAGAAUAUCAAACUCACACUGAAUACGACACAUCCGAGGUUGUUGCAAAAAUAAAUAGUGGUGAGAUUUCAUCUGAUAGACUGUUGAGGAUCAUAGUGAAAUCUUAAAAAAUCCUCUAAACAGUGCUGCAGAAUUCUCUAUAACUUACUGUUAACUCAGGCCACCACAUUAUAGCAGAGCAAAGGUACGAAACGUGUUCGAGAAGUAAAAGCCAAAAAGUACUUGCGAUGUACUCAAAGUGUACCUAAAAUACAAGUACAGGUAUUUUUCUGAAACUAUAAAAUACAAGUACAAGUAAUAUCUUUCAAGUACAAAUACUUGUACUUGUCCAUACUCUGGUUCCUCUGUGCAAUAUUCUGAUUAGAUGGUUUUUAUUUCUAGUUCGUGUUUUAUUAUUUUACUAAAAUUGUUGACAGUCAAUUGUGAAAAUCAAUUGUCGGUAUUAGUAACAACACAAGUUAAACAACCGGUUGAUGUUACAUUUGAUUUGGUCGUAUUGGAACAACGAGUUCAAGCCCUUGUUACAUGUCAACCAGGUAGGAUACCGAUAUUAAUAGUAGUAUGUAAUGUUGAUGCCUUAGCCCGUUCACAACAGUGCGAUGAAGCACAGUCAAUUAUAGAAAAUUAUGAAAAAACGAAUGAACGUAAUAUUGUUAUGUGGAAUACAUUACUUGGUUCAUGUCGAACAUAUAAAAAGGAUAAAAAAGCAAAAGAAAUUUAUGAUAAAAUAAAUGAAAUCAAAAAUAUAAGUAACGACGAUCUUGCAUCUGUUAAUGUUUUAUUAGCAAAUAUAUAUGCAUCAGCAGAAUUAAUUGAUUAUGGGCAUAAAUUUGAUUAUAAUUUAAUAACACGUCGUGUUAAAACAGAGCAUGGUGAAACACCAUUAUCUGUUAUAAUGGGACAUAGUGAAAAGUUGGCUAUAGCUUAUGGACUUAUAUCAACUUAA